CUUUGCCCUGCCCCCCUGACCAUUGCCUCUUGUGGGCAUGAACAUGGCCCACCCCACUGUGCUCCUGUGGGUGUGGGGGAGUCUCCAGGCCUUUGAACUUGUGGAGAAGGAGAAUAUUUUUCAGAGGACCCCUUGCCCAGCAUUUCUGAUGUUUGACAAUGCAGCCUACCUGGCCGACAUGAGCUUCGAGCUUCCCUGCCACUGCAAGCCUGAGGAGGUGUCUGCUGUGGUCUGGUACUAUCAAAAGCACCUGGGCAGCCGCCACACCAAAGUGCUGACAGACUUCGACGGGCGGGUGCUGACAGAGGAAUCCCAGGUGCGUGUGGGCAGCGACAUGCUGGUUCGUUUCAGCAUCCGCAUGUUCAGCCUGUUGGUUUUCCGGGCCCAGCCUGAGGACUCGGGCUUGUAUUUUUGUGGCACCCGCAAGGGGGACUACUUUUAUGCCUAUGAUGUGGACAUCCAGAGCAGUGAGGGAAUGGUGGCCACCUUCAAGGACCAGGGCCAGGAGCCCGUUGCAGAUGAGCACCGCGGGAGCCUCCACAUCUUCACCACCUUCUGGGAGUGGACCCCUUGUGACCGCUGUGGGGUGCGUGGGGAGCAGUGGCGCAUUGGCCUCUGCUACUUGCAGAGCCCAGAUCUCUCCCCACGUUACCACAAGACACUGCCUGACGUGGUGUCCUGUGGUUCACAGGCUGUGCCCAGAAAGCUUCGGGCCCAGACCAGGGAGCAUACACCCGAACUACUGGUCCAGAGCUGUGUGGUGCCCUGUGAGAAGAAGGUUCAGGACGGCCUGAUGGCCAUCUUCAGCUAUGUGGCCAAGGUGGGCAGCCGGCCCUGGGUGCCUGAGGUCCCCAUUCAGUUCCAUGAGCAGAGGCUGGGCCAUGGACUCAUUAUCUCCUGUCCUGGGUCCCGGCCCGAGCACGCUGUGGCCUGGGACAAGGACCACCAGUACCUCUACCGCACACAGUACCUGAAGGGCGUCAACAGGUCCAUGAGAGUGUUCAUCGACCACGGCAACCAUCUCCACAUCCGUUUCACCCAGCUGAGUGACCGGGGCAUCUACUAUUGCUGGCGGCAGGGGGUGCGGGUUGCAGGGUUCCGACUGGGUGUUGCAUCUCGGGGCCGCUACCGGAUCUCAUUCUCAGACCCAGAGACUCGCUUUGCUAUGGAGCUCACCCUACUAGGCUACCUGUUCAUCACGGCUGUCUUUGUCACCAUUCACCUCUGUAGGUGCUGCUGUUACUUAUUUCACUGUUGUCCCAACUUCUCCCCUUAG